AUGGAAACUAGUACGAAUCAAAUUAAAAAAAACUCUAAAAACCACCUCUUAGUUGUUUUUAUUGCUUUAAUUUUCUCACCAUUGCUAUCUUUAUUUUAUUUGCUCUUUUUACCAAUCACUAUACCUGUGACACUAAUUGUCUAUCACUAUUAUAAAGUUUAAGUAAUUUAACAUUUUAACCUUAGAUUAAAAAACAUCUUAGUGAACUUUAUUAAGAUGCUAAUUUAAUAGUCCAAAAUGGUUUAAAAGACUAUGUUGUUCCAACUUAUAAUGCUAUCAAAACAAAAGUAAAUAUCAUUUUCAUAAUAGAUUAAUGAAAUUAUUGCAUUUCUACUAAUUCCUUUUGAAAAAUUAAAAGAAUAAGCAUUUGAUUGUUUCAAUAAAACAAAAACAUAUUUACUCAGUUUUGAAUGUAUUAAUUCAUCCUUGGGAUAACUCAAAUCUAUUUGGGCUAUUGUAUAUAUUAAAUAAUAAAAUUUUAGAUUUGUGAUUUAAAGAACAUAGUUUACGUUGUUUUGAAUGAAUCCUUACUCAAAGUUUAAAACAAUAUAUUUGUGGUAAAAUUAUUUAAUAAAUUGUAAUAGAAAUUUGUAGUUUCAAUUUACAGUAAUUAUAUUUCACCAAAAUUGUAAACAGUGUAACAAUUAUACACAUAUUUGAAAUCUAAAUUAGGCAUAGACUUAGCUUUGAACAAUAUUUAAGAAAAAUUUUUAAAAGUUCCAUAGUAAUUUAAAGAUUUAUAAUUUUUAGAGAUAAGAUUCAAAUAAUUGGAUAUGCAAUUUUGAAUGAAUCAGGAAAAACUAUAUAAGAUUUGAGUCCAGCAUAAGAGAUAGAUAGAUACAGAAUUUAAUUGCAUUAAUAUGCAAUAACGCAAUUUUGGAAGAUUAAAAAUUUCAAAGAUAAAUAGAUUUUAGAAUUAGAGUGUGGAGAUGCUGUAGGUUUAUAAUAUAUUGCCUCAGCAUAUCAACCUUAAAGAUGUUUAGGUGUUGAUUCUUCUUAAUAAUAAAUUGAAAAAAAUGGAAAAAUAUAUAAUGAAUAAAAUAAUUUGAAGUUUGAAGUACGAGAUCCUCUUGAAAUAGGGACUCUUUGCCCUCCUAAUACAUUUGAUAUUAUUAUAGGUCUAGAAUUAAAGAAAAAAGAAGCAUUUAGUAAUAUAGAUUUCAAAAGGUAAUUUAAAUUUAUGAUUUUAGUUAUAUUAAAAUAGCAAGUACACUUCUUAAGGAUGAUGGAUAUUUUAUUAUUGGAGAUUAUGAAACUUAAGAGGAAAUUUAGAAACUUUAAGAUGAAAUCUCAGCAAAUGGAUUAGUAAUUGCAGAGAAGAAUGAUUUUACUGUUGGGAUUACAUAAGCAAUGAAAUUGCAGAUUAGAAAAAUUAAAUAAAGUGUUAGAUAAAAUGGAAAUUUAAGUAUAAAUUUUAAAUUAUAUUAUAGUUGCAAAAUUCUUGAGUAAUAGACUGAAACCAAAUGAAAACUUAUUGUAAUAAUUGAAAGAUAGAUAAUAAAUAUAUAUGGUAUACAUUCUUAAAAAGGCAUAACUUUGA